GUCGAACCUUUGAACAAUAAAAAACUGCAAUAUUUAGUUGGUGAGCGGAACCGGCGACUAUUAGUGAUUUUUUUUAAAUUUAAUAUAAGCAUUUUUAAACGCCUUUCUCCACAAUGAGGAGUGAAUUUUGUGUACUGGUGUUAGCUAUAUUUGGCUGUGCCCAUGCCCAACAACUCAAAGGAAACCAAGAUGACCCCUGCAAACUGAAAUCGAGACUGGUAGGAGACGAAACCUACUGCGACAGGUAUUGGGAGUGCGUUAACGAUCAACCUGAAUUGUACGACUGUCCCAAUGGGUUGGUUUACGCCGGUAAAAAUAGGGGAGUUACCGAGGGUUGCGACUACCCAUGGAGGUCGAACUAUUGUGAAACAAAACAACAAGCGAAUGCUCCAAUCUCCACAGAACACUGCGACUGGCUGUACGGAAUCUUCGGACACGAAACAUCCUGCACAAGAUACUGGACAUGUUGGAACGGUACCGCCACUGAGCAACUCUGCAUUGGAGGCCUUUUAUACAACGAACGCACCCACUCAUGCGAUUGGCCCGAAAACGUCGACGGAUGUCAAAAACAUCCUCUCUGUAACGAAGACGCCAAUGGUAAUGUACCACUAGGAAAAUCAUGCAACAGGUACUGGCAAUGUCAAGGAGGGUACCCAAGGCUGCAAAGAUGCCCGGCCAUGUUGGUUUUCGAUAGAAGGUCUCUUCGUUGUGUGGUACCACCAACUGAAGACUGCGAUGUACCUAGCACCAUCCCACCACCAUUAGAAGAUGAAGAUGAGACUAACAUACCUCAGAAUAACCCCAAGAACAGACAGCAACAAGGAGGGGAGAACUUCCCUAACUUGCCACCAGGUGCUAUCCCAGUUCCGGUGAAAAACAACAGACCCAGGAACUAGAGUAUAUUGUUAUAGAUAAGUUAAUGCAGGAUUUACUCUGGUGGGCUUUUUGAACGUAUACUUUUUUAUUUUAAUAAUUUACACGGUGCUGUUCUGAGAGG